UCGUUACACUAAAAACUGCUGUCCAGUUCUUGCCCACUUGAUUUUUGGUUCAUCUCAGGAAGGUUUCUACUAAACCCUUACUUUUCGGCUCAACAAUUCUUUAUAGACACUGAAAAAAAUCCAUUCUUUCUCAUACAAACGCUCUGCUCUGCAAAUGGAAGCUUUUGAAGUGGAUGGAGGAGAAGAGCGUCUGUUAGGCUUGGUAGAUGGGCAAUCGGGUGAUAUGAAAAUAGAGGUGAGGAAUCUGAGCAAGGUUUCUGACAAGGAUGUAAGAAUACUGAACAAACUCAACCUAGACAUCCCCAAAGGAGUGAUCAUGGGGGUGAUGGGGCCGAGUGGCAGCGGGAAAUCCACAUUUCUCCGCGCCCUCAACCGCUUAUGGGAGCCCGCCUCUGCCACCGUGUUUUUGGAUGGUGUCGAUAUCUGCCAGCUUGAUGUUCUCACUCUUCGUCGAAAAGUUGGUAUGCUCUUCCAGCUUCCUGUGCUGUUUCAAGGAACUGUUGCAGACAAUGUGCGUUAUGGACCACAGCUAAAAGGAAACAAACUAGACGAUAAUGAGGUCUACAAGUUAUUGGCUCUUGCAGAUCUCGACUCCUCUUUCUACAGCAAGUCCGGUGGAGAGCUGUCUGUUGGUCAAGCACAGAGGGUUGCUCUUGCAAGAACCUUGGCUAAUGAACCGGAGGUUCUGCUUCUUGACGAGCCAACGAGUGCAUUGGAUCCGAUAUCGACUGAGAAUAUUGAAAAUGCUCUGGUGAGGCUGAAGCAAGAACAGGAAAUGACUAUCAUUAUAGUGUCUCACAGCAUCAAACAGAUACAGCGGAUUGCCGAUGUGGUGUGCCUAGUUGUAGACGGGGAGAUUGUCGAAAUCUUGAAACCUGAUCACCUCUCCGAGGCUAAGCAUCCCAUGGCACAAAGGUUUCUGCAGCUUAGUUCUUAAACUUUUGUAUUUGUCACAGCAGUAAGCCACGAAAGGUAGAGGUAUGAAUUUGACAGUCUACAUUGUUGAGAGAAGUUGAUUAUUGUGAAUGCCAUCAAGGGAAGAAUUACAACUCUUUCAA